UCUUAAAUCAGCUUGAACAUUAGUUUCUGAAUGAUGAUUACACAUCCUUUCUCAUUAGUCUGCAGACUGAGAUGUGAAAUAUGUGAAUUAUGUUGGUUAAUUAUUUCAAUGACUGUUCAGCUUGAUUUUGGCAGAUGGUCUCAUUGUUUAACAUCUCUUUAACUGGCAUUGGAUUCGGUUUACGUGGAAGACCUGACUAUUUGAAUUCAACUGUGAACUUCUCAUUGACUGCAAGAUCAUUCAAUGAUAAAUAUGAUUCUAGGGAGCCCCUUGUUGAGCUAAUGGAUGGAUUUCUAACGUGAUCUUUCAUACUGCAUAUUCAGGUAUUCCAUCAUUAAAAAACAAAGGUUUAUCUGAAUCUGUCAUUUGGUCCCAUUCAUGCAUUACACAGGCUCUUUAUGAAGUGUUGACCAAUUCUUUCUUCCUGUAUGUAAGCCCAUAUAUCCUCAGUAUGCAUUUAGUAAUGGUAGGAUUCCCAUCAAUACUAUUCAUUCUAGAUUGUUUAGAAGAUAACUUCAGUUGUCUACCUGCCUGAAAAAAAGUGAUAGCUUGGUAAAGGAUCAGAUGAAAGUUUGGCAGCAUAUCCUUAUUGGCAAUGAUUGCUACUCUACCACUUGUUCAGCUUUUUUUCUUCCAUGUUCUUCUCAUAAAAAAAGAUGUCCUGUUAUUGGCAUGGGAAUCUACAAACUAGUGGAGUGCGGAAUGCCAGCAACAUCAAUGGUGGAUCAGUUCUGUUCGGUUUCAACCGUUUCAGUAGGCCAGUGGGAAUUCCAGGUUGGCCCUUCUGUCAGAAUUUCUGCCAGUGCUGAGUUGUGGGUGGCCUGCUACAUCCUUGAGGUAUCUGCCAGUGAUGAAUUCCCGCAGAGACUGUUGGAGUUGUUCUUUCAUUUGAUCCAAAACCGAUCCAGCUCCUUGAAGAAGAAGUUAAAAGGAUUAAAGAAGAAGUUAAAGGAUAGAAUGACUGAUUUUCAGGAAAAAUUCCCAAGAUGAAUAUCGUGAGGUCGUUGAGAGACGGGUGUUUACAGGUUCUAUUAUUUCAGCAAACUAUCAGAAAACGGAUAGUUUUUUUUUUUCAUUAUUAUUUUUUUCUGUUCUUUCCUUUCCUGUUGAUGAUUUUAAAUGUUUGGUUCGAGCUGUUACGGGGACCAAACCAGAUGAAAAGGUAGGCUGAAGUGUUAAUUUUGAAAAUUGCAUCAAUGUUUCAUUUAUGCUUAUUCAGAGGAGAGUUGCAUCAAGUAAGAGAGAAUCACGAUCUCCAACUAGCACAGGUGCAGACCUUAAAGGUGGUCACUGAUAGCAGGAAGGCUUCCACGGAGGAUGGAACACGCAUAUUAAGAGGAGGUUGUUUGGCCGUCGAGUUGAUCUCUCCACCCACCGACUGAUCCAUGAGCCAAGAGUAGUCGCACCGGUGCCCGUACCUUGGAGUUGUGCAUCAGCCCACCUUCUUACGAGCAGCCAACUGAGCCAUUGAAGAGAGGGAGGAGCCUUUGCUUUGCAUGUAGCUUGGGUUUGCAAAAGGGCAAGGAUUGUAGCUAUAGUGGAUUCCUAGGACUCAAGAUGGGAAUUGUUGGAUUAUAGAAGCCUGGCAAUGAAAUGAGGUUGGAUUGAAAUUGGAAAUUUAAAUGUGUACUAGAUUACAUAUCUCACUGUGUAAUUAUCUAGCAUAUAAUACAAGUAGAUUACAUA